CGGGAAAAAAGGGGUCGUUUGCUAAAACAGCGUAGUAGCCUCCUAAACCUACCCGCCCUACUUUGGCAUCGUCGUGUGGAAGCUAUUACUCGAUCAUGCCUGUGUCACGUGCACAGAUGUCGCCGCUGCCGCGCCACGCAUGAUGCAAUCGGAGCUAAAUUUAGCUCUUCGCUCGGCGUUCAGAGAGGCAUAGAGCUCGGCAGUACGUUUGUCGAUCUGAGUGCGAAAGGUCGUGUUUGAGCGAGCUCACUCAGCCAUAGUAGGUUUAAGCCAUGAAAUUCAAACCAGUGCUCGUAAGUAGCUGCAUAACGCGUACAAGUGGGGAAUAAUUUUUUUUUUUGCAUAAGUGCCACACUUGCUCGGUUUCGACACCUCUCGCGUUCAACACUCAUGUUCCAGAAGUGGCGUGAAGAAAGUCGGGUGGCAAGACGAAGGGAUGCCGAUUCGCGCCCACCACCUUUGACUACGGCUGGUCACCUAUUAAUAGGGAGUGAUCACGAUAAUAAGGAAUGAGGCCUCGUGUCACGGCGUACGGAGAGGCGUAGCUGGGCAGUACGUUUGUCCACCCUUGUGUGAAUGCUUGUUUUGAGAGUACUCACUAUAUCACGAACGGCAUGUUAGAAAACUCAUACUGACGCUAAUCAGGAGUUAUAGGGACAACAUGUGUGCGAUUUGGUUGCAGAAAUUUCAAGAUUGUUCCCCUAUGGCACCUCUUGAGUUCGAUACGUGUGGUCCAGAAAUUGCGUGAAGAGGCUCUGGAAGCAAGACAAAGGGACAUCCAAUCCCUUUGAACACGGCGGAACGUAUCCGUCUCCAUGGCAGCGCAAGCGCGGAAAAUUGAGGCAAGCGCAGGAACCCCAACCAUCUACGAAAGUGCGGCGGGCUGGAGCGGCGCAGGGCAGUUUCGGGUGCCACCAGUAGGUGGGUCCAUCAGACAUACGUGAAUGAGGUGCAUGAAAAGUUUCUUUUGAAUCCAACAAAGUGCCGAGUUUGGCCAGGGCUACUGGGUAGCUGAUACGCGAGCUACUUGGACGGAACGCAUACGUGCUGUCGAAAAGCACCUACGGUGUCCGUGCCGGUGACCUACGGGAGAUAUAGUUUCCGUUUUAUCUGUACUCCGGCAGGCAGCGAAACAUGAAGCCUGCUGUCUCCCUAAGCGAGCCGCUAUCUCGCGCACUGGCACGUUGCUGCUGUAACAGCAGCUGAGAUUGACACGUGCUCAGCCAAGGGGCCGCGCAGUCAGUGAAGUCAGAGGACACGGGGCGCCAAAGUGCCCGGUACUUCCUGAACUAAUAAGGGCACGACGCCUGGUGAGAGCCAUGCUAACCGAAAUUGUGCUCGUGGUGUCGGCACUGCCACUGCUGGGCGUGGCCAUCGGACCGUCCGCGUUGGAGGUGGUCAACUUGCCGGGACUCCGUGAACCCAUAAACUUCAGGCACUACUCGGGUUUUCUGAACGCCACCGAAGGUCGACUGCUUCACUAUUGGUUCAUGGAAAGCCAGCGGUCUCCGUCUGACGACCCCGUGUUGCUGUGGAUGAAUGGAGGACCCGGAUGUAGCUCGCUCGUUGGUGUUGCCAUGGAGUUGGGCCCCUUCCGCGUUGAUCCUCUUGGCGUGAACCUAACCGUAAACCCAUUCAGCUGGAACAAGGUUGCAAACGUGAUAUUCCUCGAGGCGCCGGCAGGUGUCGGUUACUCGUACGACCCCACCGGGAACAACAGUACUGACGACUACAAGGCCACCGAAGACAACUACCAGGCAAUACUGGAUUUCUUUUCCAAGUUCCCAGAGUUCAGGAAGAAUGAGUUUUACGUGACGGGCGAGAGCUACGCCGGCAUCUUCGUUCCUCUCCUAACACAACGUCUUCUCCUCUCGAAUCCACUUGGAAUAAACCUGAAGGGUUACGUCAUCGGAAACGGAGCAGUGGAUUUCGAGCUCCACGGCAAGGCGAUCCUCUUUUUCGCCUACUACCACGGCCUCUUCGGAGACGACCUCUGGAACGAGGUGACAUCAAAUUGCUGCAAUGGCUCAGUCUCGAAGGAGACGUGUGACUUCGCCUGGAACACCAAUGAUCCUGCCUGCGUCAAUCCGGUGAGCGUCGCGUACGAAAUCGUUCUCAAGAGUGGCUUGAACGUGUACAACUUGUACGUCCCGUGCGACAUCGUCAAAGAACCGCGGGAGCUUCUGUCUCGGCGUCACCCGGAGAUGACGAGUCAGUACGCAACGAAGCAGCUCCUGAUCAAGAUGCUUGGCGUGCAAACCUCGAGCCUGUUCGAGACGCCGAAUUGCUACAACCAGGACAACUUGCUGCUGUACUACAAUAGGCGUGACGUCAUCGAAGCUUUGCACGUUGAACAAUCUCCCCAUAUGUGGGUGCCGUGCAGUAAGACCCUAAACUACACCCAGCAGCACCUGACUGUGCGGGAAGUGGUGCAACAACUGGCCGAAUCUGGGCGUCUCAGAGGCCUCGUUUAUCACGGUGACGUGGACAUGGCGUGCCCGUUUCUCGGGGGCGACUGGUUCGUACGCAGCUUGGGAUACGAGCCCACAUCUCAAUACAGGAUGUGGCACGCUGGAUCCGUUAUCGCUGGCUUCGUGCAGACCUUCGCCAAGGACAUCACUUUCGUCACCGUGAAGGGUGCCGGCCACAUGGUUCCCAUGGACAAGCCUGAAGAAUCACUGCAGAUGAUAUCCAACUUCCUUUCAAGGAGCUCGUUUGAAUAAAGAAAAAUAUGUUUUCAGCGGAAAAGCUCGAUAAAGAAGCGGCGGAAUAAAAAAAAAAAUUCACAGACGAUAACGAUAAUCCCUAAUGCAAAAU